CUUUUUCAGCUGAGAGCGUUCGAGGCGCUGCGCCUCUCUGUAUUAGAACGGCAUAUGCCAUAUUCCAAACAAACGAAAGUGCCUCCGACACCGACACGCAUACAUUUAUCUCCUCGACUUCGCAAUCCCACAACUGGAAAGCGACUGCUUGCACUACAACGGCCCAUUUAUUUGCGUGCCCCUGAACGAAACGUGCGUUUCCCUGCAUUGGGGCGGCGCCUUCUCCCCCCUCCACGGCAACGAAGUCGGCUCACGGGACUCAGAAGAAGAAUGCUUUCAGCACUUGACGAUCGGAGUUUGUGCACAGCACAGAGCCUGCCCGUAGAAAAGCCGGAACAGCAUAUUAUCAAGGGAUGCUGUACAAAUAGAGAAGCAAACGAGGAACUGCCGGUUGCCGAGAAACAUUCACUAAAAGGUAAGCGUAACUAUAUGAACAGAGAAACAUCUGUCCACAGGUAACAAGAGAGCAUGCAGGUAAUGCCGCACCACAUCCAAUGGAACUUUGUUAAUUCUUCCAGGAGCGCUGUGGGAGCAUGAACAAGCCGAGAGGAUCCUUUGCGGACUUGGAGAGGAACUGGAAGAGCAAAGGCAAGCAAUCACGGAUAUUCGUCGACAAGUCGCGAGACAACAGAAUGAUAUGGACAACGUCCAACGACGACAACAAGUACAUCACGAAAUGCUAGAAUAUCACAGGGAAGAGCACCAUCGUUUGGCGCAGCAGCAGCAAAAUGAAACGAAAGUGAAAUCGGAUAGUGCAUGUUGCAUGCUAGCUCUCAAGAUUCGACGCGAAAGCCUCGCCAGGUUGAAGAUGCGUGAAGAACUUUACGAACUCAAACACGAAAUGGCAUCCUUAAGGCAGAGAUAUGAGCAGAGCCAUUAUCGCUUGAAGCGCAAGGAGAGCUGUGAAAAAUAUCUGGAGAAACGGAAAGAAGUACUGGAGGGCCAGCUCCGAAGUUGUUCAACACCGCCGGCGGCAACUCGCGAUGCAGCGACAGAGAAGUGCUCCCCCUGCGAAGACGAAAGUAGGGUGGUUCACCAUAACUCUAAUGCUGUUACGUCCGAAAGGACAACUUAUGUUCUCAUACUACAGAUGCAUUCUUCCUAAAUCUGCUGAGUGACACAGUGACUGCAACAACACGAGAAGCUUUGAAGUUCUUGAUUCCGACAACGCAGCACGAACCUUGAAAUGUGGAAACGUGGAAAGGUCGACCUCGAGCAAAGAACAACGCAUGUCGUUUUCCAUAGAUUUGAAACAAGAGACGUAUUUGCGGAGAAGCAAAAGUACAAGUGACUGGUGGCUUGAUGUGCCGUGUAUAACAAACGUUCAAACCUCCCGCCUCACGAUAAGAAAACGCCAAGCACCGAACCAGCAAACCAUUGUCGCCACACGAAGAGCGUGAAUCUCUGAUUUUGGGCAGGCAAUCGUCCUCAGGUCAGGAAAUCAGCAAGUUCGGCCUGGCGGGGCCUCCCCCCAGCAGACGAGAGCUUGGCACAGAAGGUCAUCUCUCCGUACAACGGUGAUUUUCGAGCACGAAACAUGCAGAGGAAGGCUGCCUCCGAUUGUCGGCGCGCAAGCUCUGCGGCGGCAGUCUCGAGAGGCUAUACUUCACAACCGGGGAAGCUACAGAUUUCCUCUGUAUCCACGGUCCACCAACGCCUUUUCAAUCAAAAACCGAACUGUGGAAGUCGGCGCAUAUGUUGUGUCAAGAAGCUGAUUGAAGGAGAGGAGAGCACACGUGCAACCCUACGGCGCGGUAGCUCUCCGCACACUACGGGAUAUCAUCGUGCACAUCAGGGCCGUGAUGGUGGGCGGCUGCUGGUUGAUGCUGAGGUGAAGCAUGGAGUGAGAAGAAGAAGCAGUAGCUGUGCCGACAUCGACAAUCAGUCGGCAAUCCACAACGGGUGCAGCUUCUCGCAUGGAUCCCUACGGACUGGUCAAAGCACCUUGGUUGAUUUCAGGUGCCUUCGGUGCGUACCGGUGGCCCAAAACAGAUCAGCGAGCGUCGGACCGAAGACGAAUCAGAGCGGCUCAGCGAAGAACACAACGUCACGGAAUGUGGCCACAGAGACGAAGGAUGAUGCACCACUGGGUCUCGAAAGGCGACUCUCGAGACUAGAGCAGAUCUAUGUCUCCCAAGAAGAAGCAAUACAGGUUCGCAUACAAACAGAGGUGACCAGACGGAUUUUCGUUGUGGAGAUCAUUCUCCCUAAACACCAUGGGCCUGACUGACGCUUCACGAAGCAGAUGGGGCGUUAUCCCCGCUACGUUGUAUUUCAUUACCUACAUGAGUU